GGAUAAUUUACCUUCUUGACGUUUAGUUCAAGUUGGCUUCUGUCAAAUUCUGUGGUUUUCAUUUCAUCACUUUAAUACGCCAUAUUAUUUUGUGAAAGGCUGAGAAAAGCUUGCGAGAUGGCUGCAAGACUAUUUGCCCUUUCUACAAGGGCAAUCUUCAAUGCCCCCAAAACACCAGUCCAGUCGGCUGCCAUGAGUAGCUACGUCCGUAAACUCAUUGGCAAAAGGGAGAUUGUCGGUUAUGGAUUCAAUGGAGAACCAAGCUACGUUGACCGUACCGAUUUCCCUAUGCCUGCCAUUAGGUGGAAGGAGCCCACAGCUGAUAUAUUGGCUCUCCGUGAAAAAGAAAAGGGCGAUUGGAACAAUCUGUCAUUGGAAGAGAAGAAAGCACUGUACAGGGCUUCUUUCUGCCAAACUUUUGCUGAAUUCAAAGCUCCGAGUGGAGAAUGGAAAUCUGUUAUAGGAUUGGGACUGAUCUUCAUUUCUGGAGCCUUCUGGAUCUUCUACUUCAUGAAGGCAUUUGUUUACAGCCCGCUGCCUGUCACGUUCAGUAAGGAAUACAGAGAAGCUCAGUUGAGACGUAUGAUUGAUUUGCAAGUCAACCCCAUUCAAGGUAUCUCAUCGAAAUGGGAUUACGAAAAGGAUGACUGGAAGAAGUAAUUUUUCGCCUGCAGUUGUGAAAGGAACAUUUAUGUUUGACAGCCGUGAAUGUUCCUUUUCUAAUAAAAGAUAGUAAAAUCUGAACAUUAGAAACUUAUUUAUUCCUUACCAUUAUGUGGUGAAAUACUGUGUGAAAGGACGAAUAGUGUUGAUGGUUUAUGCUGGGACAAGUAUUAAUAAAGGAAUUUGUUAUAGUCA